UCCGCCCGUCUCCUUCAUAACCCACCGGAGACCCCGCGUCAGUUAACCGUCUCUCUCCCUCUCCGUCCAGCGGCUCCACUUCUCUUGUCUACAGCCACAUUUGGUCCCGAAAACCGUCUCAGCCAUGGAACUUGCUUACUGGGACAUCCGCGGGCUUGCCCAGCCCAUCCGCCUCCUGCUGGAGUACACCGGCACAGAGUACAAGGAAAAGCUUUUUUCCUGUGGUGAAGGCCCAGACUAUGACAAGAGUUGCUGGUUUGGAAUCAAAAACAGCCUUGGAUUGGACUUUCCCAAUCUGCCCUACUUGGUGGAUGGAGAAAGGAGGAUUAUGCAGAGCAACGCCAUCCUGAGAUACAUCGCUCGCAAGCACAACAUGUGCGGAGAAACUGAGGAUGAAAAGAUCCGAGUGGACAUCAUUGAGAACCAGGCCAUGGACUUCAGAAAUGGCUUUGUGACCCUUUGCUACAUGAACUUUGAUACCCAGAGAUCAUGUUAUGUUGAAAAGCUUCCAGCUACACUGAAGCAGUUCUCCGAUUUCUUGGGAGACAGAAAGUGGUUUGCAGGUGACAAGAUCACGUUUGUGGACUUCACUAUGUACGAGCUGCUGGAUCAGCACAGGAUGUUUGAGCCGAAAUGCCUGGAUGAUGUCCAAAAGCUCAAAGACUUUUUGAGCCGUUUUGAGGCUCUGGACAAGAUUGCUGCCUACAUGAAGUCAACCAAAUUCAUGAAGUCUCCAGUCAACAACAAGAUGGCCAAGUGGGGAAACAAAUAAGACCGAAGAACAGUUCAUUCAAGCCUUUGAGAAAUAAUAGAACCAUUUUCACAAGUGCAACUAACUCAGUAACCAGGAAAUUCAGGAUGAGAGAAAAGCUGGUCUGUACCAUUUCUUUUUAUAACCCGUUAACUACUUGGAUAGUUUUGAUUUCAAAAUUGUGUUGAAAAUGUGAAAGGUGAAACUUUAAUUCCAGUAAAGCACUUAUCACUUGUUACAUUUGAAACUGAUUUUUGACAAAUAAAAUAAAUCUUGUACUGAC